CCGCGCUGCGCCGAGCCGCCGGCGAGCGGGCGUCGCCCCUCCCUCGCGGCCCGCGCCCCGCUGCCGCCACUCCAUACGAUCCGCCGUCGCCGGCAAACUCGACCGACCUCUUUUCGCUAGCUAACGUCGCCCUCGCGCUCGUUUCCCGCCGCGAUCUCGUCGAACUCUUCCGGUUUUUGACUUUGAAACUUUCGGAAUGUUUAGGUCGUGUAGGUGAAGGAAGCCGAGUGAUGUGGCGGUGCGCGGCGCGCCGAGGAUGGCCAGGCCGGGCGGGCGGUCUUCCGGGCGCGUGAGCGAUGGACUGCUGCAACUACGGGGAGUACCGCGGGCACGGCGUGGCCUACGCGGGCUGGGAGGGCUACGGGUACGCGCCGCCGCCGCACGCGCCCUUCGCGCACGCCUUCUACCCGCCGCACGCGCAGGACCCCUACGCGAGAUACUACCGCUACGACUACCCCGCGCACCACCCGCACCACAAUGAACAUGUGUUGCCUAUGGAAUACGGCGCGUACGCGUCAAAGGAGACGCGCGUGCGCCGCGCGGUCGCCCGUCGCGAGCGGCCGCUCAUUCCAGCACAACACCUGCCGCAUCCGCCUACGCCGCCAUUAGAAUGUGGGAUGAACGGCCGCGGUCCCGCGUACUGCGAGCCGCAAAUGUGGCCGCACUAUCAGAUGGGCGCUUUGGGCGGAGGAGGCUGGGGCGGAUCGAACGCAGUCGCCGGCAGCUGGGCGGCACGCAGCUCCUGCUCACGUGAACACAUGCGCUAUCCUUCCGACUGUCGCCCUAUGAAGGGUCCCCAUCAUGCCGCCCAGAAUCAAGCUUGCUUACAGGACGGUAGGUCGACCCCCUUUAGAGCUUACGAAGAACCUUACAGCAGGGAGAACGGCGUGAGAGCUCCUGUCAAGCCCGAACCGGCAGCGAGCGUAGCGGCGGAGCCAGCGAUGCCGGCUCGAGAUCGCUUUUUCGUUGAGCCUCGGCGCACACCGCCCGAGGAAAAGCGCCCACCCGUGGUGCCACUGCCCGCCUUCCAACAAGCUUUCGGUUCGACCGAAAUUGGGAAGUUCGCGGAAGCUUUUAGCCGCGCAGAGGUCGCGCUGGAGGAGGCCACUGACAACUUCUCAUACGAGUCGUUCGCCGACUGGGACGCGCCUCCUGAACCGCAGUGGUCCUCUCAACCCGCCUCGCGGGAAAUCAAAUGCGAAGACAACUACUGAUAACAGUAUUGUCUUCGUCCUAGUGCUAAUUCCAGGCGACAACGCCUUAGCUAAUUAGACAAUGUUUAGUUCCACCACCAUGUUGCCAAAAGAGUAGCUACGAGAAGUUCAACGUAGAACUUUAGGAUGUGAUACCAAAAUUUGCUAAUGUGUACGAAAAUACGAUCGGAUGAAUAGUGGUGUGACAUUUUAUUUAUAUACAUUAUAAAGUAGAUUAUUAAUUAGUUAAUCAUUUUAACUAGUUUUAGAGUGAUCCUAAAGAGAAAGUGUAUAGGAAGAUGUGGAAAUGUUGGUACUGCAUUGCAUAGGAUACAAAAUGAUUCACGAGUCAAUGUGCCUUUAUUCGAAGAACCCGGCCGCAGCGCGGCGUCCCGCUGCGCACGCGCCCCUGUGGAGCACAUCUCAUUACAAUAGCAAUUAUAGGGACCAACGUUUAGAAAAAUAUACAACACCUUCGAGAGCAUCACAUGCAAACACCUCAACGAAAUAUUAAAGUUUGUACUUAACACACAAUUUGACACAGAAAAAUCAUGUAUUAGGUACGCUGGAGAAAUAAAAUACUUACGCCUAGUGAGAACGUGUAAAAUCUAAAACAAACUUAACAGAUCUCCAAUAACAGCUAAACUGAUAACUACAAAUGCCUAGUACGUAAUAACUAAUUAGGUACCUACUUGAAGUCAUACCCGUACAAAAUCGAUUCCUCAAUAAAUGCAAAAUGACUUAGUCGUAAAUGUAUUUUUACACAUUUAGGAUUCCAGAGAAUUGGUAACCAUUUUUAUAUGAUAAAAAUAAUGUACCUACAUAUGUAGGUAGGUAUAAAUAAAAGUAUGUAAUUUUAAAAGCUAAAGUUUUUAAAAGUAUAAAUUAGUCUUGCAUCCUUCACUUGCUAGGGGGCUCCACAGACGCCGCGCGGAGUAAACAUUCAAAAUUUUCCGAAAGUAAAGAAACAAGUCAUAAUGUAUGUAGGUAUUUAGGUAGUUAAAUUUGAUAAAUUUUUAAAAAGAUUACUUAUGAAUAAAAAGCUUUUUGAUUAAAAUAUUUAGGGGUCCAACAAUGUAAAUGUAAAAGUGUUUGUUGCGAUUUUAUUUCAAUACAAUCUUUAACAAACACAUAAAAUAACAAAUCCCACAUACUGUGUUGUUAAAUGCAUCAGCAACAUAAAUGUGUUAACCUUUAGGAAAUGUUAAGUUGUUUGUUACAUGUAUAGAUGAUCUAAAACGUGUUAAAUAUCUACGCAAUGAAUUAAAGUAGUUACCUAAUAUUAUGAGUUCUUAUUAGUUAUCUGUGAUAUAUAUUAUUUUGUAGGGGUUACUGUUCUUUGUUGUUCUUUUAUUUCUUAUUUUAUUGCUAUAAUAUAUUGAGUCCAUUGUGCCACUUAGCGUGUCAUGAAGCAUGUACAUGUAACAUCUAGGCUAACAUUAUCCAACGGUAAAAAUUUACGUACCUAACUGUACUUACUCUCUGUUCAACAUUUUAUUAAUUUGACAAGUAAAAUAUAUUAACCAAUCCCCUACAACGAAAUGUAUUCACCACAAUGAUAGCUAUACCUUUCGACCACUGUUGCAGUGCUGUAACUAAAUCUAUAGAUCCUUUCAAUCAAAGCAAAUUUACUGUGUGUGUAACUUUUAUUAAUAUUAUAGAUAAUUCUACAAAACGGAUAGGAAUGUGUAUGUCUAUUUAAUAUUAAAUUAAUUUAUUUGAGCUUAAAUAGAUCACGUGUUUUAAAAGUGCGGUGCGUGAAUAUACUUACUUGAACUUCCAUUGGUCUUCAUUUUUAUAAAAAUCCUGUGUGUGUCAGUAUUUUCGAUCUCUUUCGACAAAAAACCAGCAAAAUUAAUGGAGUGCCUUACGUAUUUAAUAUGAUAUGAAAUUAGGAUGAAUGAAUUUUAUUCUAGCAUAAUUUGAGGAAACACCAUAAUAUAAUAGCGUAAUGAAACUUCUUUUGAACCGAAUAUUUUCAUUUAUAAAUUAAAUAAUAAUGAACUUGAAAUAAAAGUUAUUUAAUAAUAACCUUUACGGUUACAUAACAUACAAAAUAUUUAUAAAUAUAAUUAAAUUAUGUAAUUGUGGUGUGCACUGACAUUCCACGUAAGUGACUGUAUAAUUAAGUAGUCGGUUUCCUUUCAGAGUGUUUUAGCGACUUACUAUAGGUUUCUUUAUUGAUAAAUAAAUUGUAACUUUUCGUUUCAUUAGAUUUUUUGUAAGUUAAUUGUAAAAUCUAGUCAAAAAUAAUAUUAAUAAUUGUUAACGAUUCUUCCGUAUUUGUAGGUUUAAAGAUAUUCAGCACUAAAUUAUUACUUUUUAUAAGCUGGAUCUGCCACGGGGCCGAUUUAAGAUAUACCUAGUGCGUUGACGCAUUGUCUGGGUGGCAGAUACAGCUUCUUCGUACAGCAAUAGCACAUCGGACUACACAUUUUUGUUGCAAAAUAGCUCUUAUCACCUCUACAUAAGAAGCCACAGUGUUAAGCUUGAUGUGCUGUCGCAUGUACCCAAGCCAUACUUGGUCAUUACGAUAAUAAAGUAAAAAGUAGUCUGUGCCACAUUAUAUGUAUAUCAUAACGAUAUAUAUUUCCCUAGAUAGUCCUAUUGUUAUUUGUUUAAAAGUAUUAGAAACAUAAUUUUACUGUAGGGAGAUGUAAAGACGGUAAUUAAAUUAUGAUUAUUGUCUAGAUGUUCGACAAAUAGAGCUUCCCGACCGACUAUCACAUUUCAUCUCCGUAUUAAAUCUUGCUCUUAAGGUAUAAUUUAAUUAAUAUGCUUCCUUUUCAGUUAUUGUAUUGAAUGAGAUAUAGUAGAUAAACUCCCUGAAAUAACUCUUAUUGAAUAAUUUUAUUUUGUCUCUAUUGCUCCAAAAACUUCCAUAUCUCUCAUAAUAAUUCUAGGUACUUAUACUGUCGUAUUUUCUAAUGAUUAGGAACUCCACGUAAGGAAUAGUAAACAAUUUUUAUUUUUAAUAUUCGGCUUUAAUCAAUUCAUCUAAAAGUAUGAUAAUAUUGUAGACAAAAAAAAAACACCAGGAAACUAAAUCUAAAAUUUGAUAAAUUCUCAUCAGAAUUAAGGAUUAGGCCAACAAAAUUUAGAGAAAUAAGUAUUAUGUAAAUUUGUUGAGACAGUGAAGUA